AGUUCAGUUCAGUUUCAGACUUCUCAUGGUGCUAACCGAAUUGGCUGCGCGUUUUUUCACUCGUUGCAUUCGUGUUUGACUUGCCGCUUUUUAAACAGAGCUGAGGCAAAACAGAAAAAAAGAAAGAAAAAACAAAAACACUUUGUUGUCUCGUGUCGCGUCUACGUUGCGUAUGUGUAUUUCGCCUGUAUUUGUGCUGCUUCUAAAAAGAGUUGUCUGCUUUCAAUUACAGUAACGACAAUUAAUCGUUGGCCACCGCCAUCGGACUCUGUUGCAAGUUCAAUAAACGCAACUCGCCUUAAUUAAUAAUAAACAACACAGCAGCAAAAGCAACAGCAAAAGCAAACAAAAUGCAGUGUGGCCUGGAGCAAAUGAAUGAUUGUGAACGCUCUCCAAAUCGAACAAAUCUGCGCGUCAAUUUCAAUGAGAAGGGCGCGGAGGUGAAGGAGCGCAGAGAGAAGUUCCUCACAGCCAAAUAUGGUUCACAUCAGAUGAGCUUGAUCAGGAAGCGACUGGCUGUCGAGAUGUGGCUAUACGAUGAGCUGCAGAAGCUCUUUGAUCCACCGAGCGAGGCCAUCGAUGUGGAUAUUGAUGAGAUUCUCGAUAUGGACACAGAUGACAUAAGAAGAUCUCAUCUUAUUAGAUUACUGUCAGUGUGCAAACGCCCGCAAUCGGACAUAUCGAAAUUUAUUAGUGAUCUUUUGGAUCGGGCAAAAACGCUGUAAAUCGCUUGAUUCACACACA